AUGUCACAGAAACGAACUAUUGAUGCCUUCUUCAGCUCUGCUCCAAAGCGGCCCCGCAAAGACAUCAACGAGGAAAGAAGCAUUUCAGACGGGCCGGAUGAGAUUACUACCAAAACGCAACAUAUAGAGUAUCCGUUUCCAAUUACUGAUUUUCCUGCGUCAAUAAGCAAAGAGCUGUCAUCUUUACCAGCUCGCCCUGCUCGAGCUAUCAACAAUGAGCCAGAUCUGGAUCUAUUGUAUUACGAGCCUUAUAUCCCCGAAUACCUUACGCGUCAGAUUUUUCAGCAUUUACGGGCAGAACUGCCCUUUUACAAGGUAGAGUAUCAAAUCAAACGAGGGGGCAUUGAGACACAGGUGCGCACACCAAGAUGGACCACAGUAUUCGGACUUGACGAAACUUCCAAGUUUGACGAGACAGGAGCAGUGGUAGAUGCAAAUACAGAAAUGAAAGUGCUGUCAGAUAGACGCUAUGAGAAAUGCCCGCCUCGGCCUCUACCACAAUGUCUCGAUAAGAUUCGACAAUCCACGGAGGCAGCUACAGACUGCAAGUUCAAUUUCUGCCUGGUCAACUAUUAUGCCUCUGGUGCAGAUAGCAUUGCGUUUCACAGCGAUGACGAGAAAUUUCUGGGCCAAGAGCCUGCCAUUGCCUCCUUUUCGCUAGGCGCGCGACGAGACUUCCUGAUGAAGCCCAAACCAGCACCUCCAAGCCAGGAAGCAAACCCACCUAUCAAAUCAAAAGUGAUUAAAUUUCCAUUAAAUAGCGGGGAUAUGAUCUUAAUGAAAGGGAAAACACAAUCUAACUGGCUCCAUUCUAUACCGAAACGCACAGGGAAGAAUGAGGAAGAUGGAGGAAGAAUCAACAUAACUUUCAGAAGAGCCAAGAUCAAAGAGGGGACAGAAAACUAUUAUAAUUAUAAUGUCGGAAAUGGUCCCGUUUAUCGUUGGGACAAGACAAGUCGAGCCAUGGUGUUGUGGAAGCCCUCAUGA